GGAAAUAUGAAUGACUGGCAGAGGAAAAGCCCUCUCGACUGGGAAAAGUAUGUGAACAAAAUGGUGAAAGUCGCUGCAGUUGAGAAACACGAGUAUGAAGGAUGGGUUAUAACAGUUGAUCCAAUUUCUGCCAGCAUUAUCCUUGCAACAUUCCUGGAGAACGAACAAGUGUCCAUAUCCAUUGUCUUUGGCCAUGCUGUCCAGGAGGUUGAAAUCCUGAAAGAAGGAGAUGAUGAAAUGAAGCAGCGCCUUUCUCGCAUAUUUGCACCUGAAGAAAGUAAAACCUACAGCCCAGAGGAACUUGAAAAGAGGAAGAACAACUUGAAGGCUUGGCUGGAAACAAACCACAUCCCUGUAACAGAGCAAGGGGAAGCAGGAAGAACGCUGUGCGUGGCGGGGGUAUUGACUAUUGACCCGCCGUACCGCCCGGAAGAGUGCAGCAGCACCAAUGAGAUCAUUCUCUCUCGGGUUCAAGGCUUGAUAGAGGGAUAUCUUGAAAACCAACAGUGA